CCAGCCGAGAGUCAGAGCUGCUGCUGCUGCUGAGGAAGAGGAGAUGAGGAGGAAGAGGAGGAUCAACGCGGAGGAUUUUGUGAAUCAGUCUGAGUAGGCCGAACCCUACCAACAGUGUGGGUUGCGUUUUGGCAGCAAGAAACGUCAUAUCCGGUCAUGCAACCCGGCAGAGCACAUUAACUUCCGGGGCGCGGGGUGAAACGCUGAAAUGUUAUGCUUUUGGAGUCUUUCUCAUCUUUAGCUUGUUUGUAACAACAAGUCUUAGUAUAAAAACGUGAGCAGCACUUUUAAUGGAUGCAUUGCAAAGACACCAGUCACUUUAUAAAGGGAAGACUCCGCCAUGGAAAGAAACGUACCGACAGCGCUGUGUAAACAGGCUGAAAAACAGCCGCUCCAGGCUGCUGGAGAGAUACCGGCAGAUGGGAGACAGCCCACAGUGUUGCGGCUCCGGGACCUCCAUCAUCGUCCAGGAGGUGAUGGAGGAGGAGUGGAGCGCUCUGCAGUCAGAGGACCGGAGGCUGCCCUCCCUGUGGGGGCCGGACGGCAUGGCAGAGAUGUUCAGUGUUACGAGGGAAUACGAUGAACUAGCAGUGCUGGAAGAAAUCCAACAGGAGCUUAUGUCUCAAGAAAUGUCCAUUAUCGAAGAGUACGAGAAGAACCUGCAGUUUGAGCAGCAGUACAUCUCCUCUGUUGUGGAAGGGAUGGAAGAAAUGCAUAUUAUUUGUCCCAUAUGUCACAGGAACAACCUGAACGUCAACAGCCAUUUUAUCUCCUGUCCGUGUGGAGUUUAUAUCAACACUACGGCACAGAACAUCACCCCUGAUGUCCUGCAGCAUCUUCUGGAGUCCAGAGUCUCAGAACAUAUGGAGGACUGUCUCCACAACCCUGUUUUCUCCUUAACUCCCAGCACAGAAAGCUCUCCCAACCUAAUGAUAAGCUGCCAGGUUUGUGACUAUCUGUCCAUCGUCCUGUGAACAGAGACACGGCUGUCAAAUUUGGUUUGAGGUUUAUUUUGGUGCUCACUUUAUGUUUUUUGAAAUAAAGACUAUUUUUUUCAAUAUUUUACAUGUGAUUGCUGCCUUUUAACACCGCCAAGACAAAGGAGAUGGUCAUUGACCCCCAUAAAUCCAAAUCUCGCCCCCUGCCUGUUAGCAUAGAUGGUGCUGACAUUGAGGUGGUGUCUAGUUAUAGGUACCUGGGUGUCCACCUGGAUGAAAAGCUGGACUGGUCCUUCAACACAACUGCCAUCUACAAGAAGGGACAGGGUCGGCUUCACUUCCUCUGCAGGCUGCACUCGUUCAGUGUGUGCAGUGACAUGCUGCACAUGUUCUACAAAUCAGUGGUGGAGAGUGCCCUGCUGUAUGCUGCUGUCUGCUGGGGUGGCAACCAGAUGGACAAGGACAGCAGGCGGCUGGACAAGCUUAUUAAGAGAGCUGGUUCGGUGGUCGGGAGAGGUCUACACGAUGUGGGGACUGUAGUUGAGAGAUGCAUGAGGGGCAAGAUGCAGAGCAUCCUGACAAAUCCCACCCAUCCUUUGUACAGUACUGUCUCCGGACAAAAGACGGUCUGCUUUCAAUGCGCUGCAGGACGGAGCGCUUCAGGCGAUCCUUCAUCCCUUCAGCCAUCAGAAUACGUAACUCCCCAUAGCUCCCCCCCUUUCAACUCGGUUGUCCUUUUUAUGUUUUUACAUGUGACGAUGUUUUUAUGUGUUUUUCUCAGUGUUUUAUAUGAGCUGCCGGAUACAACAAUUUCCCUACGGGGAUAAAUAAAGUAUCCAUCUAUCUAUCCA